AUGGCCUCCAAACAAGAGUUUGAGGUUACAGCCGACAGCAAGACCCCGUCGGAAGUUGACGAGGCAUCCGACAGAAGCUCCAUUGAUGCCAGAAAUCCUUUCAAGGAUCCAAAGGUCGCCGAGUAUUAUCGCAACCUGUACGAGGAAGCGGAAUACGAGUCUCGAGAGGCCUUUGACCCAGAAAUUGAAUGGACAGCAGCAGAAGAAAAAGGUCUUGUGAGACGUCUAGACUGGCAUGUCUGCCUUUGGGCAUGUGUCAUGUUCUUUGCUCUGCAGCUUGACCGCGGAAACAUCUCACAAGCUCUGUCGGACAACAUGCUCGACGACCUUGGCUUGACUACUAAUGAGUACAACUAUGGCCAGACUUUGUUCAAAUUGUCGUUCAUGGCAGCUGAAGUCCCAUCGCAGCUUGUUUCUAAGAAGCUGGGACCGGACCGAUGGAUCCCCAUUCAAAUGAUGCUUUGGUCAAUCGUUGCUGCUGCCCAAGCUGGUCUCAACGGCCGCUCUAGCUUUUACGUUUGCCGAUGCCUCAUUGGUGUUCUCGAGGGUGGUUUUAUCCCAGACCUCGUGUUGUGGCUUUCGUACUUCUACACCAGUACUGAACUGCCUAUCAGAUUGAGUUUCUUCUGGACAGCCUUGAACUUGACCACUAUCGUCGCAUCGCUUCUAGCGUUUGGAAUCUUCCAUCUCGACAACGCUCAUGGUCUUGCAGGCUGGAGAUGGCUUUUCUUGAUUGAGGGACUGAUGACCUUUGCCAUCGGUGUCGCUUCCGUCUUCCUCAUGCCCGCUUCAGCCGUGCAGACCAAGACUUGGUUCCGUCCUAAGGGCUGGUUCACGGACCGUGAAGUUAAGAUCGUCGUCAAUCGCGUCUUGAGAGAUGACCCGUCUAAAGGCGACAUGCACAACAGACAAGCAAUCACAAUCAGACGUCUAUGGCAAUCUCUAUCCGACUACGAUUUGUGGCCUAUCUAUGCGCUCGGCCUUGUUGUCUUCAUUCCUGCCACUCCAAUUACCAACUAUCUCACCUUGACGCUCCGACAACUCGGCUUCAGCACGUUCAACACCAACCUCCUCACAAUUGUACCCAAUGCCGUCACCAUCAUCACCUUGCUCGGUAUCACCUGGCUCAGCGAGAAAGUCAAAGAGCGCUCUUUUAUCGCCGCUAUACAAAACAUUUGGAUGUUACCUUGCUUGAUUGCACUGCGCUGGUGGCCUGGCUCAGGCACGGAUCCGUGGGGUACCUAUGCGCUAUUGGUGGUCCUCCUCGGCUACCCUUACUGCCACGCUAUCCUCGUCGCCUGGACAUCGCGCAAUGCCGGUUCAGUACGCACGCGCACAAUCUCUGCCGCUGUAUACAACAUGUCAGUGCAGGCCGGAGGUGUGAUAGGCAGUAACGUCUAUCGCCAGGACGAUAAGCCACUAUAUCAUCGUGGCAAUAUGCAGCUGGUUGCUGUAAACUGUUUGGCCAUUGCACUGUACGCACUGGCUAAAACAUACUAUAUCUUCAGGAACAAGCAGAGGGAGAAGAAGUGGAGUGCUAUGACUCAGGAGCAGAGGAACGAUUAUGUUUCCAACACUACUGAUCAGGGUAACAAGAGACUGGACUUCCGCUUCGCUCAUUAG